CACCAUUUGCCUAAUAGAUCGUUCACAAGUGAAUAGUAUAUCGCGUAACGAUGAUGUUGUUACUAAAAUUACAGAAUGUUUUGGAAAAGACAUUUUAAUUACAAUUCUGCCAAGAAUUUGCAAAUUAUGUAUACAGAAAAUUGAAGAAGUGUCUUCAUUUCGUAAACUUAUAAUUAGCAACCAAAAUAUACUUUUAAAUAGACUGAAAAACAAUACUUACUUACCUAAAGACAUAAUCUAUUUUAAAGUAGAGACGGAAAAAGAAAACAAAGAGCAUUACAAAUACAACAAUGUUAAAAUUGAACAAAUCGAAAAUGAAGACGCAAGUCAACCAAAAUUUAGUGAAGUAGAUAAUUCUGACUAUGAUGAUAAUCUUUCUUUAUCUUUUAUUAAAAAAUGUAAAGAAGACAUCCAUAAGAAUGAAAAGCAUCCGAAAAAACAGGAAACGUCAUCAAAUGAAAUGGAAAUAACAGAAAAUUAUACAAAAAAAUGUUUAACAUGUUUCAAAUUAUUUCUCACACAAACAGAUUUAGUAAAACAUUAUAGUAAAGACCAUAAAAAUAAUAAAAAUAAAGACGCAAAAGAUAAUAUUUAUGAAAUAGUUACAGAUGAUAAUAAUUUCAAAUAUAAAUGCAGAAAAUGUGAUAAGUUAUUUCAGAGUAAAGUUAAAAUAAAUAAACAUAUUUUAUGUCAUACACAAGAGAGACCAUUUGUUUGUAAACUAUGUGGUAGAACAUAUAAAGUAGCAUCGGAUAUAGUAAGACAUGGCAGGGUACAUGACGGUUUGAAAGUCCCUUGUAAGUUCCGAUGUGGAUAUAGUACUGUAUAUAAAGGUGCUUUGAAGCAACAUGAAAAACGACAUAAGAAAGAAUACACUUACACUUGUGAUAAAUGUAAUAAAGGUUUUGAAGUUUUAACAUGGUAUGAACAGCAUCAGAACAUACAUACAGGGGAUAAACCUUUUGUAUGUAAUGUUUGUGGAGUCGCCUUUCAUAUGGACAGGAAUAGGAUAGGAAGGUUAAGUGGAUUUGGUGGAAGUAGAAGAGGGGACACAUUAGAAGGGGAACUAUCCUGUCUGUGCGUCCUUUUUUCCAUGUUAGAGUGUAAUGUGCAUUUUUUCAGGUACCUACAAGUUCAUAUCCGCUCAGUUCACCCACAAUCUUAUGUUGAGGAGAGAUUUCUAUGUGUUCAUUGUUCGAAGCCUUGCAGUUCUAAAAAAGCUCUUACACUACAUUUAAAGGAACACGGUAUAACGUCGAAAUUCCUUUGCGACAUGUGCGGGAAAGUGUUCUCAGAAGCCAGACUAUUGAGAAUUCAUAAGCGAAUGCAUCUCGGUAUUAGACCUUAUAGCUGUAGUAUAUGCAAGAAGACGUUCGCAAAACGAUCCAAUUUGACUGUACAUGUGCAAACACACAGCGGCGAGAGAAGUCAUGCCUGCGAGAGCUGCGGCAAACGAUACACGCAGAGAGGGACACUGCUCAGACAUGUACAGAGAUUUCAUAAAGGGACUAGUUUGGAAGUUGUUAGAAACGAAACAUAA